CUCGUUGUAAUUGGUUUCAGUUUCAGAGUUUACAGCAUUUUUUUAUUCCCAAAUUAAUUGGUUUCGGGUUUACGACAGUUUCCGAAUGAGGAAUACAUAGUCGAGCUAUAACCGAAAGCGCACCGAUUAUUCCCGAUAUCAUUUCUAUUUGUUAUUUCAGAAAUCUGUUUUUCUUUUAUUUCUUUUUGCGAUCAAUAUAAAUGGACCCUGCUACGGCGAAUAGUGGCGUUUUACAAAAGUACGAUAAGAUUGAAAUGAUAAGACUUCUUGUUACGUGGAUCAGGCGGCGGAUGCUUGCAGACUACUUUAUAUAACUAAAGGAAUUAAAUAUUCGCCUGUGGAAAAAAGGUGUUCCCAUAUUUAAAUCAUAUGACACAAAUUCCGUACAAAUUUGGAAAUUCCAAUUACCGGUAUAAACAAUAACAAGUUGCGUCCACUCAAUGACAGUUUAGCAACAGAGAUGGGGCUUAUACGCCGGCGUACUGAUACGUUUUUUUACUUACUUUUCUUGUGUCUAUUAUUUGGUUUGAUGUUAACUGCAUUUAACGUGUACGAGCUAAGCUCUAUGAAAAAUGCGGAAAGUGGGAAUGGAAAAGUAGUGGAUAAUCAAAAAUAUUUAGCCUGGAUACAUGCUGAUCAUGUAAGAGACAAUGUUUAUAUUCAUCUAUAGUUCAUUAUUGUUUAUACCUCAACAAUAUCUUUUAAGAGUAAAUUUGUAAAAUUGGGGGAAAAAUUAUGCUUUUUCAACACAAUAUGUUAUAUUUAAUCCUGUAUAUUCCUGUUUGCAAAUGUUUACAGUUUAAUAUUGUUCAUGAUGCAUGGCAGGUGUUUUUGUAAAAAUUUGCAAAUUUGGCAUAGUGUAUAGAUAUUAAUCUAUUUGAAAAAAAAAUUGCUUAGGAACUUUGCAGAUGACAUGAUUUAAAAAAUGUUGGGAGGGAGGUCUGUACCCCCCCCCCCCCCCCCCCGCUAUGCGACAGGGGAACAAAAUCUAUAAAUUUGUUGACAACCCUAGCUAACUUCAACAUCCAAUCCAGUCUAUAUAAAGAUCAGCAACUUGAUAAAGCCUAAGUAGCAAGUAGCCAGGCUCUCAUGAAAUUCUCCUAAGGCACUGCACAGCCUUGUUCCUAAUCUCAUACCUAGAGUAAGCAUGUUCCAAGAUAACCAGCCAAUGGGCAUAAUCUGUGUACAAGAGUGUCUUCUGCCAAGACUGCCCAAAAUUAACCCACUGAGUGGCAGCACUCUCCCUUUGAUGAGUAAAACUGUCUGGCAUAAGACAGAGUAAAAUAAUAAAGUAGGGUGCAUUACCACAUUUUGGGUUAAAGUGCAUUGCACAUACUCAACCACAAGUUAUGAAAAUACAUUUUUAUCAGCUUAACAGUGGAUAUCUGAAUCAUUUAAUUGAUGUCCUGGAUAGAGUUGGGUACACAUAUACCACAAAUGGUGAUGGAGACUGGGACCUACUCUGGUCACAUAACUAUCCCUUUACAGAUUUAGCAAUAACACAACUGCAGAAAUUAAAAUCUUAUCAAAAGGUAUAUGAUUUUGAUAUAUUUGAGAACUACAUUUUUGCUAUCAAUUUCAAUCCUUAAGGUCUGUUUACACUUGCAAUUUCUAUACUGCAAGUACAGAUUUAAGUAUAUAUACCAUCAUCAUCUGAAUACUCAUCUAUCCGUCACAAUCAUCAUCAUCAGAAAAUUGUACCUAAAAUCGCAGGGAAAAAUGGACCUUUACAUUGUAAAAUUUAAAAUUUUUUUUUUUCAAGGUAAACCAUUUUCCAGGCUCGGGGUUUAUUACAAAUAAGGCCAGUCUGGUCAGCACACAUAUACCUGCCAUUCCACUUGCUUUUCAAAUUCCAAAGGAUAAGAAUGCUUUUCUGGAAGAGGUAAAUUAUCUGAUUUUUUCUAAUACAAAUGUAACUGAAAUUCAAUGUAUAGUCUGACAUUAUAGCUCUGAUGAAAUUGCAGGCAAAGACACACCCAGAAAAAUUAUGGGUGGUAAAAAGUAAUGGUCACCGUGGUAUUGCUGUAAAGCACCCUAAUGGUGAGUACAAUAGGAUAUAGGUCUGGCAUUAUCACCAUCACUACCACCAUCAUGACCAUCAUUACCACCACCAUGACCAUCACUACCACCACCAUGACCAUCACUACCACCAUCAUGACCACCACCAUGACCAUCAUUACCACCAUCAUUACCACCAUGACCAUCAUCAUGAUCACCAUCAUGACCAUCAUUAUCACCAUCAUGACCAUGCAUCAAUUACCACCAUCAUCACUGUCACUACCACUAUCAUCACAGUACCACCAUAAUCACCAUCACUUCUACGUUCAUGACCAUCGUGACCAUCAUCUUCAUCAGUCAUCACCACCACCACAGUCAAGUCUGAGGAAUGUACUACUCAAUAUUUUCUGUAGAAAUAGAACUAGAUGUGACAGAGAGUAACAGUUUUAUUCAAGAGUUUAUCAAAAACCCACUUUUAAUCAAUGGCAGGUGCGUAUUUGUGCUGAAAUUUAAAACUUAAUUUAAGCAAACUGUAAUUGUAAUAAUAUUUGUUUCUACUUAAAGAAUGUUUGAUAUAGGUGUAUAUACUGUCAUGACCUCUGUGAAUCCACUCAGAGUUUAUAUUUUCACAGCUGACGUUCUUAUAAGGUAAUUAUACUUUCACAGCUCACCAAUGUGUCCUUGCAAUGGGUGAUUCCAAAUUUUGAUCAAGGCAAGAAGAUCAAAAUCCAACACCACAGCUUGAAAGCGCGUCUUAGAAUGAGUAAAACUGCAAGGUUUGGUUGCAAAAUGUUGUAAAAUAAAGAAAAUAUAGCCGUGUGAAGUUCGCAAAUUUUGUAUAUAUUUGUAUUACGCGCGGUGAAAAUAACCACUUUCGGCUCAAAAAUGGGUUUUUCCCGCGCGUAAUGCAAACCGAAUAUAUACAAAAUUUGCGAACUUCACAGGGCUAUAUUUCCCUCAUUUUACAACAAUUCGCACUCAAACUUUGCAAUUUUACUCAUUUUACCAAUACAACAGGAGGUAACGUCUAACUAACUUAGGAACAGUAGUGAUCAAAAGUAAAUGUCAGGGACCGCGAAGCAGGGUGGCUCGCUGGGCUUGAGCUCCACCAAUAAUUUUCCGUAGUUAGUUUCUUAAUUUCGGAUAUAUUUUAGUUGUGUUCAGUACAAAUGUUUGGCCAAAAUUAAAUAACUAAGGUUAAAUUUAGACGUAAAAUUUUCCGUUAAAUUUAGACGCAUUUGCGGCCAUUUCAGGGCUUAAACCACGGCGGUUUCGCGCCUUCGGCUCACGUAAGCCCCACCAAUCCCCAAAACGCUCCGCGGUCCCUGAAUGUGUCAACGCAUAUUCAAAUUCAUCAGUUACGUUUGUCCGCUUAAAGCCCGUUCUCCACUAGGCGAAUUUAUUCGCGCGAACAGAUAAAAAGUAGGAAGCGAUCCUACUUUUUCGCCGCGAAUUUUUUCGCCGACCAAUCACGUUGCCGGAUUUCGGUUUUCGCUUCGCGUCGCGCGAACAAAUUCGCGUAGUGGAGAACGGGCUUAAGAGAGAUUAUUCGCCUCAUUGGGAGCUCACGUUGUCUGUUGUCCACAAGUUUCCGCAUAAUAGAUGUGUACGCUGAAUAGGGGGAAUGACAAUAGUUUUUUAUUAAAGAAAUCAUUAGACGGCCGGCCAAGUCAUCAAUUUGUACAACUUGAUGGCAACUUUAUGUUAGAAGCUGGUAACAGGCAUUUUCUUAUAGUUUAAGCCUUGGUGAACAAGACUGUGUGUGUUACCACUUCUGAUUUUUGCUUUAUAGCCAAAAAUUUGAGAAUUUUUAAAUUUUGCCUAUUAAAUUACUAUGAUCGGAAAAAUGUAAAAUUUCAUGUUCUCUUACACGAAAAAUAAACUAUACCACUAGAAAGAGCGUAAAAAACUGUAUAUAAGACAAUUAAGUGAGUUCUACGUUUUUCCAAUCCUAUUUCGAGUUUUUAAUGUUAAAAAAUGCAGAAAUGACCAAAUUAAUGCUAAUUAGUACCCAUUUUGCCAACUUUAACCAUCUUUAAUUCAAAAUCGGCUUGAAAAUCGCACUAGUCGCUUAAGUUAUCUUAUAUAUAGUUUUUUACGCUCUUUCUAGUGGUAUAGUUUAUUUUUCGUAUAAGAGAACAUGAAAUUUUACAUUUUUUGCCAUCAUAGUAAUUCAAUAGGCAAAAUUUUAAAAUUCUCAAUUUUUUGGCUAUAAAGCAAAAAUCAGAAGUGGUAACACACACAGUCUUGUUCACCAAGGCUUGAACUAUAAGAAAAUGCCUGUUACCAGCUUCUAACAUAAAGUUGCCAUCAAACUCUCUUUAGAGGCACUUUUUGCCACCUUGGCCGGCCGACUACAUUGGGACCAGAGGUGUGUGUCCUCUUAAGGUGCCUGCUUUUAAAAGAAAGGUGUCUGUUAAUAGGGAACAAGGUUGUAACACAGUUGUAGCAACAUGUGAUAGACUCUACUACUGUCAAGUUUAUGACUAUGUCGUAUUUGUAUAAUGUUUCAGUAUAUUAGUUAUUUCUCACAUAUUUUUGUAGAUUUUGCACUAAGGAUUAUCACCCAUUUGAUGCAAACGAUCUCAAGAAAUAUGUUGUUGGCGACGAUUACACUCCACCUCGAGAGGUAACCCCCCUGCACGUUGAAUUUUUAGGAUUUGCUUGCUCCAAUAUUAAAGUGCCGAUGGUUCUGAAAUUGACCACCAUUUGCUGUUUUGUAACGCAACAGACUGGUGAUUUGACCAUUCUUCAUUUUCAGAUUCCAGGAUUCAAAGAGAUAUAUUUAAAAGGAAAGUUCUCACGACUCGAAACCCUCCGGCUUUAUUUACGAAAGCAAGGUAUAUGAAAACGUCUCUAACAUUCUGAAAUUAUUGAUCCUGCAGUGUUUAAUAUUUGUGACUUGUUUCACUUUAAUUUCAAUAAAUUGAUUUUCAGGCGAAGAUGAUACCAAAAUGUGGAAUAGUAUCAAAAAUACUAUUUCUGAGGUAUUUUUUAUUGAUAAUGAAUACUUCUGUCAGCUUUGUACAAACUGUUUUCCCUCGAAGUCCAACUAGGAUAAUUUUAUUUUACACUAGGUUUAUCAGUUGAAGGAAAAUAAUUUUAUUGCAGCGUCCGCUGGUUUUCGUUCAAGCAGGUAAACGUCAUACCACAAAGAGUUUACAAACGUACAAUAUAUUGGUGUCUACAAUCGUUUGUAAUUAUUCAACUUCGGUCUUUUUUCUCGUUUUGUUUAGAAAUUUCUUUGAAAUGGUUCGAUUUGACUUUAUACUGGAUGAUAAUUUGAAAGCUUGGUUAUUAGAGGUAACCAUGACUUAUUCCUUUCUUUGAUAGAGAGGUUCAGAUUUGACUUCCACUACCACUAUCUUAGAACCAUCUGAUUGGUUAACGGGAUAUAUCAAACGCAUUUGAUUGGUUAAUGGUUCCUUAAUGGUAGCGGUAGUGAAAGUCAAAUCUGAACAUGUAUAAUGUCUCAAUGAAGGGGGUACAGUAAUUGGGGUAACCUGUACCAAUUUGAGUGGUUUAAUAAAGCGAUUUAAAGAUUAAAGAAUUAACAGUUCACUUUCUUGCGUCCUCUUCAGGUGAACAUGUCUCCAAACUUGUCAUCCGCUGCACACAAUCACAAUAAACUCAUGUAUGAAAAGGUAAAGGUUCUUUCUUUACAUGCACUGUAUACAUACAUAUUCACUCCCCGAUUACAUCAAGUGUUACGUUUACUUAUAUUACUGUACCUACUUAGCCUAGACUAUUUAUCUCUACAGCAAUUGUGAUAUUACUUUCAUAACUUUGUGUAUCCUAAAUCCUAACACACUCUGUCAACUUUCUCUGUGGGAGGAAACUGAAGUAAAUCCAGAGCAUUCGUUGAUAGACUUUUUCACAUGAGUCCACAGCGAUAAUCGAACCCACGAUCUCAGAGGUGAAAGGGGCUUGCGCUGAAGACUGCGCCAGAGCAGUCAUUAGGGCCAUUUAUACGGGACAAAAUAAGACGCGACUUACAUAAGACGCGACUUAAAUAAGACGCGAGUUUGCCGUAUAAAAGGUACAAAAUUCUUAUGUAAGACGCGUCUUGGAUAAGACGCGUCUUACAUAAGAAUAUUGUACAUAUACAGUCUCGAUAUACAAUAUAUGAGAGUAUUAUUAAAUCAAAUGUAAAAGUUGCAGUUAUUGAAUUUAGGUGAUUUUCAACUUGUUGACACUUACUGGCGUGAGUCAUUUUACACGAAAACCAACGAAAGACAGGUAGGUUGAGAGAAGAUGAAUGAUAACUGUACUGCUAAAACCUGGUUGAUACUAUCAAAGUUUCUGUGAUCACAUGCAGUAGGAAUUUUUCAUGCUAGUUAAAUUCUAAGUUUUGAAGGAUUUGUAAGAAAUGUUUGAGCAAACGGACUUAAUGUUAAAACCGAGUCAGUUUCCUCAAACAUUUCUUACAAAUCUUCAACUUAGAAUUUACCUGUGCAAAAUUCCUACUUGAACUCUGAUAGUAUAAACCAGGCUUACUGUAAUUUAAUUUUGUUGUGUGUUUUGUUUUCUUUGCAGUUCGUCAGAAGAAUUUGAGAUGCGUGUUAGUGACGACGAUAUUCAAGUGAAUGCGGUGUGUGCCAGCGAGAAAUGUCUCAAAUCUUGCUACAGUGAGGUUAGAGGCUACGAUAUAUAGUGCAGUUAGAUUUUCAUACAGUUCAAUUUAGAUUUAAUUAAUUUUUAUUCAUUAAUUAGUUAAGGAUUUCUUAACUAGUAAUUUUUUUAUUACUUAUAUCUUGUAGGAAUGUGAGUUGUGUAAUUCAUGUUUAGAAAAAGAUGAACGUGAAUUUCUCAAAAUGGCUUAUCUUGAACACCUUCACAGGAGAACCUACAGAAGAGUCUAUCCCCCUCCAAUGGUAAAAUAACUUUAUUUAUACUGGAUAGCUCUGUCAUUUCUUAUGAAACUUAGGCGAUGCAUACUGGCCGUUUCUACAACUUCAAUACAAUUAUCCUACUCCACAAAUGUCACUCCUUAACUCAUUUCCAACUUUCCAUUUUUAGACGCAGGAAACUGCCAGGGCACUUUCUAAAGACAUGACUUCAUUGAAAACCCUGAGUAGACCUAACCACGUGAUGCGCACGUGGUUUAUCCAUAAAUGUUUGCAUGAUGCAACCUGGUGUUCGUAAAUCUCUCGGGUUACGAUCGGACUGUAGUCGGAUGUUGUCACCAUCACAUCAUCGUGUACCCGCUAUGCAUCGUAGUCCUUUCCCAGAUUUGCAAGCGACAGAACCAAGCCCCAAAGAGAAAAUUUCAAAUUGUUUUCAAACUUUACAUGUAAACUACGUGAAGCGUUCCUCUUUUGACUUCGUAACUCAUUUGGAAUUUUCCUCAUUAGGUUUGCAAAUUUGAAAAACUCUUUGCAAAUCCCUUGAGGGAAUUUGCAAUGUUCCUAUCGGCUGUUGCAAUAUUCCAAACUUCAUUUUAAAUUUUCCUAACUUCCUGUUUUAAUUUCCUAACUUCCUGUUCUGUUCUGAGCGUUGUUAUUGGUCGAUUAUUUUUGUUAGCCAAUUGCAACACCCAGAACAGAACAGGAAGUUAGGAACUUCUAAUAGGAAGUUAGGAACUUCUAACAGGAACUGACGAAAAUUUAAUUCGGUUUUAGCAACAUUGCAAAUUUCCUCAAGGGAUUUGCAAGAGAGUUUUUUAAAUUGCAAAAGUAAUGAGGAAAAUUGCAAUCAAUUUAGAAAUUCAAAAGAGGAACGCUUCACGUAGUUUACCUGUAAAAGGAUUAAAAACAGAUUCCUUGUUGUUCAACGCGUAAUUGUUAUUUUACUAGAACGUUAACGUUAACGUUAAAAUAUUAAAAUGUUUGACAAAUUUAUACCAAAAGAGGCAAAUUAUUAUUUAGAGUCAAAAGUUAUAUUUAUUAAAUCUAUUUAUUGGUUAUUUUCGAAGGAGUUUUUGAAGCUCAGAAUAUUAUAUAGUUAAUGAUUUAAAAUAUUUUAGUGUUUAAAUGUUGAAAAUAAAAGUAAAAUAACGAAACAUUUUCUAAUUGGAUAUUGUAAUAUUGCCUGAAAUAUUUCUAGGAAAGCAGUCAAGAUGCUACAGCUGUCUUAUCGUAUCCACAAACGCAAAACACGGACGAAUUAUAUUUCAUGAAUUCCUUGCAGCUUUGAACUGUCCUACCCGGUUCUCCGUCCCUCAUGCAAAAUUCCCCAUACGAAUAAAAGCCCCCGGAUAAAAUGGCCGGGAAGUUGUCUCGAAAUAUUCCGUGAGCGCUCGAGAAAUACGAGUUUCCACGAUGUACAAAUCGUGACGUAAACACCAAAGCUACCGAAGGGCGAAAAUUCUCCUGCUCAAGUUCCCGGAUCAUAGUUCGGGCGGGUUCGUAAAAGUCCGUUCUCGCUUCGGCUAAAGCUAUUGGUUGGUUGAGGAAUCCAGCGCGUACUCCAAAUGCACUGCCGCUGAUCAAAAGAACAAGUGCUCUAGUUCUGCGUACUGUUCCAUCCAUAAACAGUCGAUCAUGACCAACUCCUCCAAGGAUUGUCACUCCCUCACCGAAUGUUUCAC